UCGCUCUUUCAUGACUCCCACAAUUACCCCCCUUAACAACCACAACUCCACAACAACCCUUAUUCCCUCCCAGCUUGGCACAGAGACCCGUCGCCCUCCUCCUGUAACCCAAUCUCCCUCCUCGUAGAUUUUUCUCUCCCUUUUCCUUUUUUACAACCGUGUAUAAUGUCCCUUUUAGCAUCACUUCUCUCUUACGGCGUUCGAUCUCCCUCUCCUGCAGUGCGUGGGCGACCCUAGGCUAGGAGGAGAAGACAAAGCAAAGCCGAGUGUGGGAUUGCAGUGAAAGCAGUGGAUUUUGCUGACUAUGUGGCGCCCCUGAGAGCCCUGUGCACUUGAGCGAGCGGGGGAGGACGGGGAAUAGAGGCAGAGGAGGAGAGAAAAAAGGUGGAUACAGCGAGUGGAGAGUCUUGACUGAAAUCGGGGAGCUAAGAGAGAGAAAGAGAAAGGGAGAGUAAAGGGGGAGAACGAGAGAGAGAGAAAGAAGGUGAGGGAAAAGGUGAAGCAAGAUUGAAAGAGAGAAGAGAAAGAGGAGUAAUAGAAGUGUGGGAAUAAAACGAAAGACGAGAGAGAGAGAGGAGAGUGAAGCAAGACCGCCGCCAGUGCUGGAGUGAGAGGGACGUCUGGCCAAUGGCUCCGCACACUCGUCCCCGAACGCAGGGCUUUCUCCGAUAGAAAAAGGGCUUCCCCAUCCCAAGGACGACGCUAAUAUGGUCCUAGUGGACAGCGAGGUGCAGACAGACGAGUGCGAGGUCCUGCUUGGCGAGUUCGAGGAGGAGAGUGGAGGAGGAGGCUCUCAGAGGCGGUGGAGGAGGACGUCCUUUCGAGGCAGAGACGCGGCGAAGAAGGAAGCCUGGAUGAGGAAGAGCAUCAGGCGAUGUCUCUAUCUGCUGGUGUUCGUGACUCUGCUGGGCGGGGCCGGCAUCAUCUACUUCGGGUUCUACUGCCCCGAGGCCGUGUGCGCCCUCACCUCCACGGCCCCGAGGAGCAGGUACAAGGUGGGCUACCUUAAGGACGGCAUCAACCAGUUCCACCUGGCCACGGACGAGAUAGGCAGGCCCCUCAGCGAUGCCCUCAGGUCGGCCACGGGCCUGUCCUUCGAGGAGGUCACGGCCCACGACUUCCAGUUCAACAUUCGCGGCCACGAUGUCAUAGUAUUCUUGCACAUCCAGAAGACGGGCGGCACGACCUUCGGCAGGCACUUAGUGAGUGACCUUGACCUGGACAAAUCGUGCCAGUGCCAUCGCAAGAUCAAAAAAAGGUGUACGUGCCUGCGGCCAGGGAAGAACUCCAAUGAGACGUGGUUAUUCUCGCGCUACUCCACAGGAUGGAAGUGUGGGCUUCAUGCCGACUGGACAGAGCUCACGAGCUGUGUGGAUGACAUGAUGGAUAGAAUCGAGGACCAUGACAUAAAAAGAAGAUAUUUUUAUAUUACUUUUCUGAGAGAUCCCGUCCACCGAUACCUGAGUGAGUUCCGACAUGUGCGUCGUGGAGCUACAUGGAAGACGGCCAGGCUCCUUUGUCAGGGCAGACCGGCAACUAGGGAGGAAGUCCCCCUCUGUUACGAAAAUGAAACGUGGGAGAAUGUAACUCUCGAAGAGUUUAUGUCCUGCGAUAGUAACCUUGCUGUAAACAGACAGACACGAAUGUUGGCAGAUUUAGCCUUAGUUGGCUGCUAUAACAUCUCGCUCAUGAGCCCAGAGGAACGGGCAAACACCAUGCUGCUGUCGGCAAAGAACAACCUGAAGAAGAUGGCGUUCUUUGGCCUUACAGAAGACCAAGAAAUUAGUCAGUACCUUUUUGAGGAAACCUUCAAUUUAAAGUUCAAAGUGAGAUUUGAACAACACAAUCAAACCAUAUCAGAUUCUGCCUUCAGUGACAUUGCCCCCUCAACCCUUGAACGGAUAAAAGAGCUGAACUACCUGGACAUUGAGCUCUACAAGUACGCAAAGAGCCUCCUCCAUCAGCGCUUCAAGAAAAUGUCCAACGAAGACCCUCACUUCCAGCACCACUUUGAUAACAUGGGCCAUAGUCAGUUCUCCUGGUCGGACAUCGAGGACGAGGCCUAAGGAUUGCGAUGGAGAUGAUUUCGAGGGGAAAAGAAUUUUUCUCCUUUUUUUUAGCUUUUUAUUUUUUUUUAUUCUUUCUUUUUUUUCUUCAUUUAUUAAGAUGUCUUUUUUAGAAGUCAAAUAACUGUUAUAAGAGAAUUCAGAUGAUAUAUUUUAUUAGAUUAUAUGAAAACCCAUAGGUUGGUAGGUAAUGAAACUUGUCCU